AUGUCUUUAGCCGAUGAAUUAUUGGCCGAUUUGGAAGACGACAAUGAUGUCGAUGAUGAUUUGGCGGGUCUGGAAGAAUCUGAAGAGAUUACCGAAGAUGUUGAGAAAUUCUUAAAGCCGACACCAAAUCUUAUGGAAGUUGAUGUUCAGGUGCAUUCGAUAAGAGAUUUGUGUAAAUUACGAGAUUCGGAACGUCUACAGAAUAUAUUAAAACAAAUUGAAAUGUAUUCACAACGUCAGCGCACGGCCAGUGAAAUGUUGGGUAAUGUGGAAUCGGAUCCAGAAUAUCGUUUGAUUGUCGAUGCCAAUGCUCUGGCUGUGGAGGUGGACAAUGAGAUAUCCAUUAUUCACAAAUUUGCCAAAGAAAAAUAUCAAAAAAGAUUCCCCGAGUUGGAGUCAUUGAUUUUGGGUGAAAUUGAAUAUUUGUUGGCUGUCAAGGAGUUGGGCAAUGAUUUGGAUCAGGUUAAGAAUAAUGAAAAAUUGCAGGCCAUUUUGACACAGGCAACUAUUAUGAUUGUUUCGGUAACGGCAUCCACCACACAGGGUACCCUUUUAACACCUGCCGAAAAGGCCCAAAUUGAUGAAGCCUGUGACAUGGCCAUUGAACUAAAUAAUAUUAAAACCAAAAUCUAUGAAUAUGUGGAGAGUCGCAUGACAUUUAUUGCACCCAAUCUGUCAAUGAUUGUGGGUGCCUCCACGGCCGCCAAACUUUUGGGUAUUGCCGGUGGCCUCACCAAACUUUCCAAAAUGCCUGCCUGCAAUGUCCAAGUUUUGGGUUCACAAAAGAAAACCCUUGCCGGGUUUUCCAAAACCCAAAUGCUACCCCAUACCGGUUAUGUUUUCUUUUCACAAAUUGUUCAAGACACACCACCCGACUUGAGGCGUAAGGCGGCACGUUUAGUGGCAGCCAAGGCUGUGUUGGCAGCCCGUGUUGAUGCCUGCCAUGAAAGUGUGCAUGGAGAAAUAGGUUUAAAGUUCAAAGAGGAUAUAGAAAAGAAAUUGGACAAGUUGCAAGAACCACCACCGGUGAAAUUUAUUAAACCACUACCCAAACCCAUUGAGGGCAGCAAAAAGAAACGUGGUGGCAAGCGAGUGCGUAAAAUGAAGGAACGUUAUGCCCUGACGGAAUUCCGUAAACAUGCAAAUCGCAUGAAUUUUGGUGAUAUUGAAGAAGAUGCCUAUCAAGAUGAUUUGGGUUAUUCCCGUGGUACAAUUGGCAAGACUGGUGCUGGCAUACGUCUGCCGCAGGUUGAUGAAAAAACCAAAGUUCGCAUUAGUAAAACUUUACAAAAGAAUUUGCAAAAACAACAGGUUUAUGGUGGCAGCACCACCGUAAAACGUCAAAUCAUUUCCGGUACUGCAUCCAGUGUGGCAUUUACCCCUCUGCAAGGUUUGGAAAUUGUCAAUCCUCAGGCAGCGGAAAAGACACAAACAGAAAUGAAUGCCAAAUAUUUCUCAAAUACCUCAGGAUUUUUAUCUGUGGGAAAGAGGACCACAUAA